CCUGUUGAGAAUUAAUGGCAAACAAAAUAUUCUGCCAAGUUUGAAAUGCUUCAUGAAAUAUUGUUUGCACUUUCUGGACAUUCUGGAGGCCUUUUCGUCGAUAACAACGGGGAAAUUAAGGUGCUGUCAGAUGUCCCAUUCAUUUGUCCCUCGGAGAUCGAUUUACUGAACAAGCUUUGUCAGCUUGGAACUCAUUACAGAGACUUCAACGCAUUCAUUAAGAAGCAUGGAGGAACUUUAAGUUUAAAACAGGAUGGUUGUGGUAGAAUUGAGGGUAUCCAUGGACUAUACCUGAAGUCAUUUUGCAAUGGCCUAGACCAGCUUUUGGAUGACUACCGCCAGGCCCUUCACAGAUUAGAGAUGGACACACUACAGGACCCUCACUUACCCAUGUCACAUCUUCUGUGCUCACUCCAAGAGUAUCAUCUUCUGUUUCCUGCCCUGGCCACAGUUGUAGAGCAGAUAUGCAAUCACAAGGCUCAUGGCUGUUACAUUCUGGAUAUUCUUCAUAAGAAUUCAAUGUGUGGGCUUCCUGUCGUCAAACUGGCCAUGCAUAGAAUCCUACAUGUGUGUCAUGCUGUGAUGUACAAACAGCUGUGCUCCUGGCUACUACAUGGUGUACUGAUGGACCCAUACCUCGAGUUCUUCAUCCAGCAUUCAUCAGAUGAAGACAGUAACCAGAAUGCAGCAUCACUAGAAGAUGAAGAUGACCUGGGCCUAAUGGGGGUCACAGGGCGACAGUUACAGCGAGCCCUGUCCCUGACCCUGCCUGCAGUGGAGAGCAGCAGUGGGGGUAGUAAGUUCUCACUUAGGGCUAACCUUCUGCCAGUCUACAUCCCUGUCCGAGUUGCCAACAAGAUUCUCUUCACUGGCGAGUCCAUCCAGAUGUUUGAAAGUGACAAGAAACCUAACGCUUUCAAACGAGGUGGUAUUCUGAAAAACAAAGAAGAUGAAUUUGCCCAGGAUCUGUAUGAAAUGUCCAAACAGGAAGAAUUCAACGGGAUGAUGUUUGAAUCCAUGGUGGACAAGAUCAGGACCUAUGUUGCUGAGCACUUGUGGAGUUUAGUUGUGCAAGACUCCGAUCUGCUUAGUCACCUGAAGAUCAUAAAGGAUUUUUACUUACUGGGACGUGGAGAGCUCUUCCUCGCCUUCAUCGACCAGACCCAGACAAUGCUCAGAGCUCCUCCAGUGGGCACCACAGAGCACGAUGUUAAUACAGCCUUCCAGCAGUCGGCACGCAAUGUUCUUAUUGAUGACGAGGAGUUACUUCAGAGAUUCCACUUAACUGUGGCUUACAAAGCCCCAGAAAAAAAGCAGACAGAUAGUGUGUCUUCCCUGACCCUGUCCUCCCCAGUAGAGAGUGGUUGGUCAGCACUUGGUCUCGCACACACAGUUCAGUGGCCUCUCCAUAUCUUCUUCACUCCCUCUAGUCUUAAAAAGUACAAUCGCUUGUUCUGUUUCCUCCUGGCUGUGCGGCGAGCCCAGGUUGACAUCCAGCAGUGUUGGGUUCUACAGAUGCAGUUCAAGCAGCGUCUGGUCAGUCGAGAGGAGAUGGCCAAAUGGCAGCUACGCACCCACAUGUCCUUUCUGGUGGACAACCUGCAGUACUACUUACAGGUUGACGUAAUAGAGUCACAGUAUGGAAUCCUUGUAGAAAAGAUAAACUCAACUCGAGAUUUUGAGGCGGUCAGACUUGCCCACGACCAGUUCCUAUCUGCUCUUCUGUCCCAGAGCUUCAUCCACAGCAAACCUGUGUCCAACUGUUUAAGUGAGAUACUGGAGCAGUGUGGAGCCUUUAGCCACUUACUCACCCACAGCGAGUCGCCUAUGUCACAAAGGGAGAUUACCCAGCUACAGUCCAUAGGAAAGAGUUUCCAGCUGCAGUCCAACCUGCUGUUUAAGAUUCUGUCCAGUGUAAGGAGUCACAAUGCUAGUCCUCAUCUGGCCCAGCUUCUCCUCAGACUUGACUUCAACAAAUACUUCACUACCGCUGGUGGCCAGCUCGGCAGGUAUUGAACAGAGCCAAAUGCUUUUCCCACAAGCUACAGAAGUGCUGAUUGGUGUGGUCAAGACACCAGAGAGGAUGGUCAAGAUUACUUAUAGGACUGUUCAAGGACACUGAAUCACUUAAAACACUAGCUAAGAUCAGUCUAAGGACACAAAUGAUCCAACAAACUCACUGAUCACUAGUAAGGACAUAAUGACUUACUAGGAAAGGAUUCACAUCUAGCUUGAAUAGUUCAGCGACACCAUCAAGUAGUGGCCACAGGAGAUAUCAAGGCUUAGUCCUGGCAACUAUUGAGGUCAAAGAAGCAUGAAGGGAUAGUCAAAGAAAAUACCAAGGACUGGUCAGGGACAAGUUUGGCAAAGGAAAGUUAUGAAGAAUCAGUUCAGGAAUUUUCCAAGGAUUUUUCAAGGAAAGUGUUAUACAUCUAUCAAUGUAAUGGAUAAGGAUCAGUCCAGGACACAAGUUGAGAUCCACCAACUAAGCCAUUAAUACAGUAUUCUAUAGGAGAUGAAACACAUAUUUAUGCAAGAAAUCUGAUGGAACUGGACAUUUCAUAAUGUUGUUAAUGACAAUAUAUAGUGCUGCCAAAUUUUAUAUUCAGUUUGUUUAAACAAUAUUUCAAGAUUAACAAACCUUUAUAAAGUUGUGAUAUUUCAAUAUGUUAAAUUAUA